UUAUCGAACAAUUGUUUGAUAAACCUAAAAACAUCGAUGCUGAAGUUGAAGCUGAAACCAGAUUACGAUGGAGCCGCAACUGCAUUGGAGCGUGCUUCCGUUUGCUACCGUAAUGCUGGAGAUGCGAAAAAGGCUGCUAAGGCACUAAGAGAUGCUGCUGGUAAUUACGAACAACUCGGAAACUUGUUUCACGCAGCUAAAGCUCGUGAAGGUGCAGCAAUGUUGUUGAGAGAUGCUGGUGAUAGUGCAGGAGCUUUCCCACUGUUUGAAAAGGCGAUAGACCAAUAUGCCGAAUCAGGAAGUCUUGAUACAGCAGCGAUGUCAGUUGAGAAGGCUGCAAAAGUUGUGGUGCUCCAGGAACCAGAGAAAAUAGCAUCAUUAUUUCAGCUAUACGAAAAAGGACUUGCGUUGGUACAACAGUCUGACCGAUCGAAAUUAGCAGGGGAAUUCCUCAGUCAGAUAACACGUUUAAAUCUCCGAUUAGAACGAUACAGCGAAGCAACGAAAGCUAUUCGUGACGAAAUAGAAAAGUACGUCGAAGUUAGAGAGCCCGGUCGUGUGGGUCAACUCGCAAUUGCGUUGGUUCUUGUGCAGUUAGCAAUGGGAGAUUCUGUAGCUGCCGCGAAAUAUUACCAAUGGAUAUUCACAGAUGACGCAAGAGCGUGUCGCCAGCUAAUUGGUGGUUGGGAGAGUGGAGACGAUGAGCAAUUUCAAAAUGUGCUGAAAGAUGGUGUGCUGCGGAGCAUGGAUAAUGAGUACCUUCGGCUAAUGAAGAAACUUCAUGCACCUGGAGCUACUGGCGAAACCGAAGGGGCGGUUGAUGGAGGGGAAGAAGAUGACUUGAAAUAG